AUGAGAGAGAUAACAAGAGCAACUUUUGAGGUUGAUGAUUUCUUCAGAAUUGUGGACAUUCUUCACAAAAGACUGGAGAAAUUUGAGGCAAAAGAUUGGAGAGGAAGUUAUAAUGCAGUGAUACUGUUAGAACAUGUUCUAACACAUGGCCCACUGAGCUUUGCUAAAGAAUUUGGAGAUGAUAAUAAUAAACAAGUUUUGAGGGAGAUGAAUGGCUUCCACUUUGUUGAUGACAAAGGAUUCAACUGGGGACAGAGCGUGAGGAAAUUAAGCGGAAGAGUACUAAAACUUAUCGAAGACGAAGAAUUUCUAAGACAAGAAAGACUCAAAGCUCGAAACCUUACUAGCGGAAUCCAUGGAUUCGGAAACCUCACCCGCCGAUCCUUUCCCGAUUCACGAGCCGGAACAUUCGAUUACAAGCAGAGAGUCGACCUUGCUCCGGCGCUGGCAAGGGAGAUUCUGGUGAUCGAUGAGAAAGAAGAGGAAAUUAGAGAUGAUCUGAAAGGGAAAUUGAAGGAGGAAGCUGAUUCAGAGUCAGAACUGAAGGGAGAUGGUGUAAAUAUUGAGAUUGAUCAUCCGUUUUCUCCAAUUAAGCAUCAUCGCCUUUCACAAUCUCUUCUACACAAUUCUCAGUCCUCUCCGCAGCAAAAUUGAACUCCACUUGAGGCAUAAUUGAAUUCAAUUCCAAAGCUUAUUGGUAUUUAGUUUUGUGUAAGAGAAACUUUGAGGAAGAACAUUAAUUUGUAAAUAUUUAGUAUUUCUUAAGAA